GGUUAAAUAAUCCAUGCAAUGCACAUGUACAUAAUAUAUAAGCUGACCCAGAGUUCAUAUCAUACCCGCAUUUACUUUUUUACAUUGGGUUGUUUCUAUGGGCAACAGAAGUUUUAUUUAUCGUAACGUCGUCAGCAUAAAAAUAUCGUAAAAUUUUUAGUGUAAAUAAGUAAAAAGAUGGAAUACAUUUACCAUCGUGAACGUCGCCAGUUUGGCAAACAUUGCAAUUUUACCGACAAAAAUAAUGUGCUAUUCUCGCAGGGAAGCGAUCGCGACUUAUUUAAGCAAUACAUCUUACGCGACCCAGUACAUCAAACAACUCAAUAUGGAAAGCAAAUGGCUUUUAGUGAAGUCAACACCGAACGGGCAACAUAUGAAAGCCACGGUGUAAAUCAUACCGAAGGCGGCUGGCCGAAAGACGUGAGUCUUGCCGAUCCAGAACAAACAACCAGAUAUCGAAGGAAAAUCGAAAAAGAUGAAUUAUUUCUGACGCAAGUUAUGGCAUUGACCAAACCAAUGGAGCACUGCAUAUUUCAGAAUAAUGCCAUUAACAUUUACGAAACGUUUUUCGAAGACUUAGAGCCGGCUCCGUUGCUCGAACGAUGUAGUUCAAGAACCUUGAAUGUUUAUCGAGAUCCUUGCGAACAAAAACGGCCCGUAACACAUCUGUCGUACUCUCCAUGCGGAUCGAAAUUGGCUGUAUCUUAUUGCAAUCGAUUGUUUCAAGGAGACGCCAUUAAUUUGUCGAACGAUUCAUAUAUUUGGGAACUUGAAAAUCCGAAUACGCCACUGUUAACCCUUCAACCACCCAGCCCUAGUAUUUGUUUAGAAUAUAAUCAGAAGGAUCCAACAACCUUGAUCAGCGGAUUGUUAAGUGGUCAAGUGGCGUCGUGGGAUACACGAACCGAUAAGGACCCAGUUAGCAUUAGUGAGCGAGAAGUGUGUCACCGGGAAGCUGUUAAUUCAAUUCAAUGGAUAAACUCGAAAAGUGGAACUGAAUUUUUUUCUGGCUCUUCUGAUGGACAGGCUAUUUGGUGGGACACGAGGAAACUGAAUGAACCUCUAGAACGUCUCUACAUGGAUCCCAUAAAAACAGAUGAACAAGUCCUAUCGAGGUCGUACGGUAUAUCAGUUCUAGAAUAUGAGACUACAAUGCCAACUAAAUUCAUGUGCGGCACAGACAUGGGUAUGUUAUUCUCUUGUAACAGGAAAGGAAAGACCCCAAUAGAGAAGAUAACGACUAGGAUGAUGUGUCACCUGGGCCCUGUCUAUUCGAUAACCAGAAAUCCAUCAUUUUUGAAAAACUUUUUAACAGUUGGCGACUGGACGGCCAGAAUUUGGUCAGAGGAUUGUCGUGAAAGUUCCAUCAUAUGGACGAAGCACCAAAUUUCGAUGCUAACAGAUGGUGUAUGGAGUCCUACGAAAUGUUCAAUGUUCUAUAUUAGUCGAAUGGAUGGCGUUUUAGAUGCUUGGGAUCUAUUGCAGCAACAAAAUGAGCCGAUAUUAAGUAUCAAAGUUUGUGACGAACCAUUGCUAUGCCUACGCACUCAUGAGGGCGGAAAACUAAUAAGUGGUGGUAGUGAAAAUGGAGCAACAUUUCUAAUUGAGGUGUCGGAUAAUAUGGCAACAAGUUUGAAAAACGACAAACCACUAUUGACGGCUAUGUUCGAGAGAGAAAAUAAACGAGAAAAGAUUUUGGAAGCCAAAUUACGUGAAAUCAAGCUAAAAGUCAAGACUGCCCAGAUGGCCCAUGACGACAACGAUGAAACGAAACUGGCCAAGGCCAACGCCACCAAUGGUAUGAUUUGUGCAAUUGUUAUUUGUACCGAAUUUUCAUCCAAUUUGAAUGUCCCAUAUUCGCAUAGCCGCUUGUCUUCAAGCGGAACAGGAAUACUUCAAGGGUGUCGAAAAGGAGAAAUCGAAAAUGUUUCCGAAAUUGUUCAAACGGAAAAAGAAACAGAAAGAGGAUGGAUGUGACGCUGAGGAGGAGCUAUCGGAGUCUGACGGCUCACUUGUCUCUGAAUAAUGAAUUUCCUAUAAAAU